CGUCCCUCCUCUGUCGCUCUUCGGCAUUACGGCUGCAAGGCGAACAACCUCUCGUUUCUCGGUACGCAUUACCUACAGAUUCGUGGCAAAAUCCAUCAUAUCCGUAAAACACGAGGGACUACCCUGCUGCUCUUCAGCCCGUGUUCCGAGUAUUCGCCGCGUCUUGCCUGUGACUGUUGUGCGUAUACAGUCCCAACUCGGCGCCCCACUUGUCGCAGACACAGACCAAUAUUUUGCACACGCCGACGGCACUCAUAUUUCCCCUACCCGCUGCGACCCUUCAUCCUUGAAUCUUCAUAUACAUCAGGUCGCGCAGAAUUGUUGUCUAUUGUAGUCUUGACACUGACUACGUGAAAGAUGAAUGGUAGCACCCACCCAUUUACCUGUAACACCUGCCAGGUUGCUUUCAAGUCCAGCGACUUGCAGCGAACCCAUAUGCAAAGCGACUGGCAUAGGUACAAUCUGAAGAGACGAGUUGCCUCGCUUCCACCCCUGUCGUCUGAGGUCUUCAACGAGAAGGUGCUUGCUAAUCGUGCAACCGCUGCCGCUACCGCUGCCCGUGCCUCCUUCGAGAGGCACUGCGAUCCAUGCAGGAAAACGUUCUAUUCCGAAAAUGCGUAUCUCAACCACUUGUCAAGCCAGAAACACAAAUCAAAUGCCGUCAAGGCUACAAAGUUGGGCAAGAAAGAGGAUGACUCGAAGUCCCUAAUGAGUUCUACGUUCUCUUUGGGAGAUCCUGCCAUCUCAUCUAGAGGUGAUGUGGACAGCGAAGCCGAGGAUGACUUCCAGGACGUCAUUGAAGGCAUCAAAGAUUCCUCUCUAGAAGACAACCCCGAACCAAUUUCGAGGCGGCCAUCACGCCCACAUCACUCCGCUGUUGGUGAGGAUACACGUCCAGAUCACCCACUCUCGCCAAGCACCAACAACACUCCAGUCAAUGGUCGUAUCCGGAAGCGUGAUCCUCUCAGGGAAUGUUUGUUCUGCUCGCAGUACGACUUUGAAUCAGUUCCCGAACUUCUUGACCACAUGAUCAAAUCCCAUGGUCUCUUCCUACCUGAGCCAAAUUACAUUGUUGAUAUGGAAGGCUUAAUCCGGUACCUUAACACUAAAGUGAAUGAGGAACACCAGUGUUUGUACUGCGGCCGUCUUAAAUGGUCAGAAGACGGUAUCAAGACGCACAUGAGGGACACGGAUCACUGCAAAAUUGCCUACGAGACGGAAGACGCACAACUGGAGAUUGGUCAAUUCUACGACUUCAGAAGCACAUAUUCUGACGAUGACUGGGACACUGAGGACGGCGAAGAUGACGAAUUACUCGACAAUGGAACGGCAACUGGCGGUGGCGUUAAACUUGGUGCUCGACGUGAAGCCAAAUGUGAUGAUGAAAUGGAAGAGGGCGACGGAUGGGAGACCGAUUCAACCGCCUCGUCUGUACCCACCGAAGAGCUUGGGCGGGUCUAUGUGGAUGAACAGCGGGAAGAGGUCAAGCGUCGACUACGGCAGAAUAAGCAUCACAGCUCCACGACAAGCAGUCGUCACCGCGAGACAGACGGCUUCCAUAGUCACGCACAUCAUGGUCCCACCGCAGUCUACUAUGAUGACUUCGAAUUACAUCUCCCCUCUGGCCGAACUGCUGGUCACAGAUCCCUGAAUAGGAUAUGGCGCCAAAAUUUACGUAACUACCCAACGCCAGAGGAGCGUCAGCAUCGACUACUUACCGAGAGCAAUAAUGACGAACGUGAAUUACGACCAAGUGAGGCUGCCCGUGAACGUGAACGUGGCAGGGCUCACGAGCUCAUUCUAAGAAAUGAAGCUCUCGGUGUAGCUGGGCUCGAUGACGCUGCAAAGAAGCAGUUGAAAAACCAGGAGAUCAAGGAAAAGAAACGAGCGGAUAGGGAACAGAAAAAAUUCCAGGCAAGAAUAAAUGAAAGAGCCAACCAGCAGAAGCACUUUAGGGACCCGUUGCUGCAGUAAAGGGCUCGCAAAUAAGUUUGAGAGCGAUAGAUGCGUUGGCCGGCUACAUUAUCAGCCAGGUCUGCAAAGCGUUGAUUUAUCCUUCUGUUAGUGGUAAUGCCAAGGCAAGAAUGGUAGACUGAAACACGAAAAGCAUCGCUUAUUUAUAGCUCUCUUCAGUCAUAGUUCUAGGGCAAUGAUUGUGCAAAUUUACACGAUUCAACGUGAAUCAGCUGCUCG